CGUGCGCAGCUGCGCUCAGUCCGCCUUAUCGUGGGCUUGAAGACACGCACUGUGUAAGGUGGAAGUAACUUUUGUCCUACAGAGAGGAGUUUUAAACCGCUCGGGAUAUACAUUUGGUCUAAAGAGCCACGGCAAACGAUAACCAUGUCGGCCUCAUCGGCGAAAGUCAGUAGGAAGGAGAAUUCAAAUCACGACGGAGCGGACGAGACCUCUGAAAAAGAGCAACAAGAAGCAAUUGAACACAUUGACGAAGUACAGAAUGAAAUUGACAGACUGAAUGAACAGGCGAGUGAAGAAAUAUUAAAAGUAGAGCAGAAGUACAACAAAUUACGCCAACCAUUCUUUCAGAAGCGAUCAGAACUCAUAGCCAAAAUCCCCAACUUCUGGGUCACAACAUUCGUCAACCAUCCACAAGUUUCAGCUCUUCUUGGGGAGGAGGAUGAGGAAGCACUUCAUUACUUGUCAAGGGUUGAGGUCACUGAGUUCGAGGAUAUCAAGUCUGGCUAUAGAAUAGAUUUUUAUUUUGACGAGAAUCCAUAUUUUGAGAACAAAGCUCUCUCCAAAGAGUUUAAUGUAAACGAGAGUGGAGACCCUGUUUCCAAAUCAACUGAAAUCAAAUGGAAAGCUGGAAAGGACCUGACAAAGCGUACUGGUCAGACGCCGAACAAAGCUGGGAAGAAGAGGCAGCAUGAGGAGCCAGAGAGCUUCUUCACCUGGUUUACUGACCACUCAGACGCAGGAGCUGACGAGUUGGGAGAAGUGAUCAAAGACGACAUCUGGCCCAACCCUCUGCAGUACUACCUGGUCCCUGACAUGGAGGAUGAGGAAGGUGAUGGUGAUGAUGAUGACGAUGAAGAGGAGGGUCUGGAAGACAUUGAUGAAGGGGAAGAAGAAGAGGGUGAAGAUGAAGAUGAGGAUGGUGAUGGGGAAGAUGGAGAGGAUGAUGGCGAAGAUGAUUAAACAUUUCAGCCAACACCUUUUUCCAGCCCUCCCUCUUUGAUUAUCCUACAACCCACGGGAGCAAAAUAUUUUGUUUGUUUUGGGGGGGUUUUGUUAAAAAAAAAAGAAAAACAGAAAAAAGAAAAAAAAAGAAAGAAAAAACAUUUCCUGUGUGUUGUCAGCCUGUCUGUCCUCUUCCUCUGCAGCCACAGUCUGUCCAUAAUGUCUAAAGACCAGCUCAUACGCAGCAGGUCUGCAGGGGGGGUGGAGGUGUCGGCGGCUCUCUGGAAGUCUCACCUGUCAUUGUUUCUCUACAUCUCCCAAAGACAUGCAAAAGAAUAAAAAAAAUUUGUAGCAUUCUGCACGUCAUACUACGUAGAUUUAAAAUACGUACAAUAGCAAUUUGUAUGUACAAUUAAAUGACAGUUUCUGUUAAAGUUGUGAGUUCAAUAAAAAUAAGCCAUGGUGCAGUGAUAACUUAAUCAUAGCAUCCUUAGCCACUUUUAUAUAUAUAUAAAUGUAUAUUAUAAUAUAUCCAGUGGAGGGGGGGAUACUGAGGCUUAUUAGAAGCUGCAUUUUCCUUUGUGACUUAUUGUACUAAUGGAACUAAUUGAAAGCACCAGCUUGUUCCUUUCAACUGUUGUAAAUGUUUUGGGAUAUACAUGUAUCUUGGUAAGCCAGUUGUUAAUUGUACACAGGUUAAGGGGGGAUGUGUGGUUGGGCAGCAGGGCUUCGACACCAACUCUGGACUUCUGUUAAAUAAACUUUCAUUAUCUUGUUUUUCAGGCACCCACCACAAAGUUUGAACUGUAAUUUUUUUUAUAAAACAUAAAAUUCAAAUUUCAAGCUCUGCUAAACAUUUUGAGAUGGGAAAGAAAAAAAAUGCUCUGUGGAUUCCUUUGUGGAGACUGCAGCGUUUCUCCUGUUCCACAGGAAACCUGAUCACAUUCAAUUAAGAGUACCAGUUGCUUUGUUACAAUAAAUAAACGUAUACAUGAUGUUUGGAGCAGUUUGGUCACAUUUGGACAUUUCAGCUGAAGCUAUUGCUAAUUUGACCCCAAAAGCAGCCUCCUUGUUGCUUACAUGCUUGCUGUCAUUAGACCUGUCCAUGAGUCCGGCAUUUAGACUUUUGAAAUGUCAAAAAUUUCAAUUAUCUACCAAAUGUGAAAAGGUUUUUUAUAGUAAUAUUGGGAAGUUUUUUUUGAUGCUCACUGAAGUUGGACUGUGUUCUUUGGUAAACCAAACAGUCCCACCAGACAGCUGGGCAGCUUCAGUUCGUGGUCUUGCUCAAUGGACCAUGCAGUCUGCUGUGGGUUCCAGGGAGUGGAUGCACGCAAUCUUGAGAACAAUAUGUUAUGGUUGGUUGUGUGGAACUUAAUGGAAGCUACUGGCUCUCUAAUGUGACCUUUGUUAAUUAUCUGUGUAAUUAGCUGUGUCCCAUUGUUAAAUAUCUCCCGCCUUGCUGCAAGUGGGUUUUAAAAUAAACCGUUUGGGCUGACUCAGGUUUAAAAAAACAA